UUGAUUCAAUAGUUUGUAUUAUUGUUUGCCAUCAAAAUGAUUAUGAGAAACACAUCAAUGACUACCAGUUCUUCAAUGGUAACGGAUCCCCACAAACGGCUUCUCAUACGCAACCAAUUGGUUUUAAUCUUACACUGCAAACAAUGUCGUAACCCUUUUUGUUCACAAGACAACUGUCUGACAAUGAAACAAGUGAUCCAACACUUGACCACUUGUACGACAGUCAAGUUAUGUCCGAUAACUCAUUGUGUGAGUACUCGACAGAUACUAAGCCAUUGGUAUCAAUGCUUCCGAAGUGAACGUUCGUGUGACGUCUGUUCGCCAUUUAAAGAGCAGAUCCAAUGGCAACGGAAGAUGGAGUUCAAUCAAGAGCAAUCAGUCAUCAAAAGAGAGGCGACAUCCGAUGCUGAGACCACUGAUGACAAUGGAUAUUGGCAUCAGUGGGUCACACCUAAUGUGCGCUACAAUAUGAUAGACAAAUUAGUACACACAUUGGUUACCAAUUCAAACACCGAUAACUUGGAGGACAUGACUGUACGCAAUGUCUUUUCUUAUUGUUUUGCUUUGGAGGCCGAUAUCUAUAACAAGGCUCAGAGUUUGGUUCAAUACCAUCACAUGUUUGGUCAAAAACGUGUCCAAAUUGAGACAAAUGGCGUACAAUUGGAUCAAUUAAAUGACUGGUUUAAUACACUCAUCAAUGAUUUGACUACAGGUUCUGAUUGUUUCAGUUUGAACUCAAAUGUUAAGCAAGAAGUCAAUGAUGAACAUGAAGUCAAUUGA